ACUCCUACAUUGCCUCCAGUAUAUACUUCCAAACAUCUUUGUCAAAAAACCAUAGGGAUGAAGAAAGCACAGCUUGCAAUGGAAACCAUGAAUGGAGCUGCUGUGAACCCACCUUAUGAAGAAUUUGAACCUUUAUGCAAUUGGCAACACGGACGUGAAACUCUUGUUGUCCAUCUUCCUGCAUUCAAGAAGGAACAGUUGAAAAUACAAAUUAACAAUUUGAGAACCCUAAAGAUUUCCGGGGAGCGUCCUUUGGAAGCAACAAAAAGUAGUCGUUUCAUAAAGACAAUCAAAAUUCCAAGGGACUGCAAUGCAAAGGAAAUUCGUGCAAAUUUUGCUGAUGGCCUUCUAUACAUUGUAAUGCCGAAAAAAGAUUCUUUGACCCCUAAGCAAGAACAGCCACCACAACUUCAAAACUCCAAAGUUAAUGAAAACUCUACACCAGAGAGUAGCCACGAUCAAGCCACUAAAUUGCCAACAUUAGCUAAAACAGAGAAGGCCACACAGAAGAUUGCAUCACAUAACGAUGCAAAUUUGUCAAAGAAUGUUGCACAAGAUUCAAGAUUGAAAAGCUUAAAGAUGAUGGCAUCAAAUGUGGUGGUGGUGGCGGUGGUGGCGGCGUGCCUCGGUGCUUACAUCAUGUAUUCAUUUAGGUCUUUAUAUGUUGAAGAUUAGAUCUUGUUUUAUACCUUUAAAUGAUUCUUUAUGUAUAUUUGAUGUAAAAUGGCAUAAGAUAUCAAACCUGGUGAGUGUACAAAAUCAAAUGCAAAUGAGCAAUCACCAAAUGUCUUUA